CCGAGUCGAGCCGACUCUCCGCCGCCCGGAGCUCAUCUCCAAACCACCGAAUCCCAUCUUUCACCGGGAGACUGACUUCUUUACACUCCUGACACUUUUCCUCGCCUUGUCUUCCCACUUGUAUCCCCUCUUUAAAGCGGAUUCACAGAUUAAACUUAAUUCUAACAGAUGCUGGAUGGAUUCUGUUUUUUAUGCGCUUUUUUUUCGUUUCGGUGCGUAAAAGUUUGCCAAGUGGGUUAGUGGACGAACUGGAGGACUGACAAGGAGAAGUCUUUGGAAGUAAGGGGGUAGUUUGUGGGUUUAAAGAGAGGAGGUUAAGUGGCUGAAAGCUCGGUUUCGUGUUUGGUUCGAUGUGUCCGGAGCGGCCGGUUAAAGAGCAGGAACACCGGGAACAAAAAGAGGGAGAGAGAGAGAAAGAGAGAGAGAGAUCAGCGGGGUCUGCAGGGACUCACCGGCUGCUGGACGUCCAUGUCUCCGCUGCACACCGGCACCGAGGUUUCUACUUCCUGUGACAUCAUCACAUCAUGCCUGAGGGGUCACGGAGAGGCAGCAAGAGAUCGCCUAGCAACACAGCCGCCAAGCGUCCCUCCUCGGUCUCGUCUCUGAGUGGGAUUGUGAGUCGGAUGAUGUCAUCCGGCGAUCGAGGAGCCUCGUCCUCCUCCUGCACCUCGGUCAACACCGUCUGCUCUGACGGCGAGCGUCCCGCCUCCCUCUCCCUCUCCUCCUCUGCGUCCUCUGUAUCCCUGCAGGACACUUCCCACUCCUCCUCCUCUUCCUCGUCCUCCUCGUCCUCCUCUCUGCCGUAUGGCGCCGUGCCGACCUACAACGCCUCCUCGACGUCCUCCAUGCCGAAGAGGAACGGCUCCGACAUCAGCCUGGACCUGACUCCUCUCGUCACGCCCCAUGGAGGAGGAGUCCCUGGAGGAGGAGGAGUUUGUGUGGUUAAAGCGUCAAGUGGAGGCCACACCCAUAAUGGACAAGUAGCCAAUCAGGCGGCAGCAGCAGCAGCGGCGACGCCCAGGCAGCUGUCCCGGCUGGAGCGAAUCAUUCUGGAGAUCGUAGAGACAGAACAGGCGUACGUCAGAGAUCUGAAGAGCAUCGUGGAGGUAAGAGGUCGAGCUCCACUGACAGAUCUAAAAAAUAAACAGACGUGUUGUCGCCGUCUGCCAGGAGGCUUAAGACCCGCCUCUCUUCAACUUUUACUAAACUGA